GGAAAUUUAAUGUUAUUUCUUUUUAAUACCACCGCCCUCUACUCUACCUGUUAUUGUUGUCCUGCUACUGAUGUCUUCAUAAAGUUCGCACAAACUGAAGCCACAAAGUACCUGGCGGGGUUCAGAAACGGAGCCUUUGUUGUGCCCAACCUUCCUGUUGCUAUCUGUGAUGACAUAUUUCGUGACUAUCAACAAAAGAAUAAAUGUGACCGCUGGCAGCCUUUGGAAGAAAAUGUUCCAAUGAAAGUGCGUUUUUCCGACAACUACGCUCGAAGACACCAUGCCUCUCUGGGUCAGCCACCCAUCAUUGGGAAAGUUUUAGAUGAUCUCAAAGAAGGGUAUGUAACGGUCCGUUGGCUGAGUGAUCCUGAUGAGGCAAGUGAAUGCAAAUCAGUGGCCGAGUCCUACUGCAUGGGCGCUUUUAACCGCUACGAAGUACGCUUGCCUUCGGACAUAGAAAUCCAGUCCCGGCUACAGAUACUGUAUCGGCAGAGGCAAAAAGCAACCACCAAAUCAGACUUUGUUGAGACAAAACAUAUUUCUGAUACUUUUCAAAGCAAGGACACGCUGAGUACAGGGAUCGUAAAAAAGGCGGAUCAGAACAUCGUGCUGGCUCCGGUUCCACAUACAGUCACUUCCUAUCUUCUUCCAAUGACACAAAACUGGCUAGCUGAGGCGCUUCUGCCAACAUUCAGCCGAGUGGUACCUUUCCUAUUCGCUUCAUGUACCCCAAAACUGCUACGAGAGCCACCGGUGACACGCCACCGCUCAUCCAGUCCUUUGAUGACGGCGGCUUCUGAGGUCAAUCCUUCUUUAGAGCACAAAGAGAACAGUCAAACCAUGACAUCCCACUGGGAAGAUGCAGGUUCGCUCGCAGUGGAAGGUGUCAUCACUGGGCGAGGACCUCAGUCACAGUCGGAUUUUUCCGAAGCAGUAAAUGACGAGACUAGCCUCCCUGAAAAGUUCAUGUUUCCUACCGAAAAUAAACUGGCAAUGGAGCCCGAGUAUAAGGAUCAUCUGAGUUGUGGGAGCUCCAGUGGUAACCUCCUGAAAACAUUUCCUUCUCCAUCACAGCCAACACUGUCUAUGCUAGCAACUGAGGCACAACUCAAUCAUGAUGGAUUUGUUGAUUUGGAAUGUGCGCCUUUGUGUCAUUUGAGUGCCUGUACAGAUGCAUACAUUACAGUGUUACCAGCCAGUACAGAGAUGGCGAUUGACAGUGAUGAUGCCGAGGAUGGCGGGGUUAACGAAGGGCUCAAUGAUGUGGAUAUAGGAGAAUAUGAAAACGAUGCAAACGAACUGAGUGAGGAUUUAUCGAGAAGUCUCGGCUUCGUGUCAUUUAAAAUACAAGAGGCUGAUGUCGCAGGACCUGAGACUCAUUACGACGAGGAACUCGAUGCAAUUGACACUGCACUCGAACAGCAAAUAUUGAAGAAUAUUGAGGAAAAUGGAUACAUAAUGGAGACUCAUAGGUCUCUCUGUAGGCCGUCGAAAAUCCCAAAGCAUCACGGUUGCCGGAAAUUUCUGAAAUUCGACGACUACGAGAGCAGAGAUCCCGUUUGUAUGUCAUCACUAGUGCAGCAGUGUAUGAAUAUCGACAUCUUGGGUUCUGAGGAGUGUAAACAAGUCAUCCCACGUCAGAAAGCGACGCAGUCUCAGCAAGCAGCCGAAGACAACCAGCCAAGUUGCUCAGCUUACACCAGAACUGACACCACAAACACCCAGUCGAAAUUAGUGCCUCCACAUUUAUACAAUGAAACGAGCUUUUCCGCUGAAAACAGUGAACAAGCUGCGCCCACAAUAUUGUAUCAGAAGACUGCUGAAGUAGAUCACCAAAAUCUGGUAAUAUCUGGCGAAAAGUGUCUUUCAUCACCUCCAUCGUCUCGACCCGCAUUGGCAAAUUUUCGAACACCUACGAACAAACCACUGGCCUCUAUUCCCACGUCUGCUCCCAAACAGUUGACUCGUUUGCAGCCUUCGGAUGGUAUAAGGGUUGAAAAUAUUGAAUCCAGUCUCAACGGUCUUAUACCUCCGUUCGAAACCAGGACGGGAACUUCACACCUACCCUCUAUAGCCACAUUCACCAUUCCAAUGCGAGUGCACUGGCCUCCCGACGGACUUUCCACAAAUGAAUCGCCCUCUCUGCGAGUGGGAAAGAGCAAAACACCCAUCUAUCUCCGUCUUCGUCAGGAGGAAGCUACUGAUCCUUCAGGAGGAUUCUCUUGUUCAGUCGUCACCCUGACUUCUUCCGGAUCGAGUUCCGUUUCAAAUACACCACAAAAAACUUGCGAAUCGGUCUCAACCAACCUGGCAGAGGACCAUGUGACUUCUUCGACCAGAAACAUGGGUCCAGAAGACAUCCAACGAACUGAAAGUAUACCAGACGCGUACACCAUGAAAAAUCCUGAUGUCCACUUGGUACACUAUUUAUUGAAAUACGCGGACCAUGUUGAAGACUUCCCCGGAAGUGGGGUUCUUCGAGGGCAGGGAAUUCAUUUGGCCAAACUAUGGAAUCGGACCUACUUUCUGGACUAUCACCUUGAUGACAUAUCCAAGGACCAGUUGCGAGAAGCUAACCUACUGAGUGGGAUGGCACCAGCGAGGAAGUCUGCCCAGAUAAAUGAGUCCGGUUUAGCGCCUCAGGUUUUUGUGGACCCAAGUUCGUUGGAGGAGCUCUUGGAACUGCUGGCUGCAAUUCAUGGGUAUUUAAACCUAAUAAGUUCACAAGGUGAGCGGGGAGAUAGGUUUCAAGCCGUUUGCCAGUCCUCUUGUCCAAUUGUCAAAGCAGCAUCCUGGCGAGAGCAAAGUGAACCAGAUGACUCAAUGGAAACCGAAGUUACAGCGUUCCUUGAAGGUAUGCAGUCAAAACGCUCCGUGGAUGUGGAACCGUCUGUGUUUAUCUCAUCCAGGCUUACGAGAAAACUGACCAGCUAUUCACGGGACGUUUGGUCUGUACUAUCCAACAUUCACACACUAACCUCUCCACUCGAAUUGGAUAUUACAAGUAACAAAUUUAAAUGGAUGACACGGCUAACCACGGACUAUAAAUUCCUAUUCCCGUUUGAAACUCGGUUGGAGUUCUGGCGAGUAUCCAGCUUGGGAACAAGCAGGGCAAUUGCAUGGUUGCAAAAACGCACUGGCAAUUCCAGGGUUUCGAACAAUCACCUGCUGGGUGUGGGAGCGGCUUCACUUUCACAACGGGUCGAUGCAACGACACACCAUGCAAGAGACAGGAGCGGCAAAAUCCCGACGCCUGAUGCCAAUUUUUCAUGGACACCAUCCGUUGUGAUCGUUCCGAACCCGGUGACUAGUCAGAAUUCACAGAUAGAAAAUGAUCCACAUCUUAACCAGCGGUUUUCUGAGCCCACAAACAGCGUUGGUAUUCCACCACCGCCACCCAAUCUCUUUGGAAUCCCAUCAGGUGGAGUGGCCAGCAAUUUAAUGUUUGGACUGAGCAGUCAUCCGCCACUCGCUGGCCUGGGACGAUUGCAAAGGCAUAUGGCUCGCGUACCUCGUCCACAGCCGGGCACAACACUUUCUGCCCCCAGUCACGAUUCAGCUGAUGACAACAAUAUGGAGCAAAUCUUGAUCCGUGGAACUGCCUACUCAUUUUUCUCGGGAGGCAAUAACUUUUGGGCUGCUGCGGUCCGGUUGCUUCUUGCACAUGCGGACAUGCGACAGGAACUGGAGGUCGAGUUCGAAGGUGAAGAGGGUACGGGACUGGGCCCCACGAUGGAGUUUUAUGCGUUGUUAUCAGCCGAAUUAAGGCGUCAUUCCCAUGGCCUAUGGGUGAGUGAGGAUCGAAAUGAAGAGCCCAUUAUGAUCGAUUAUGAUCAGAAACUUGAAGAAGCGAAAUUAUCAUUCGAUUCGAAAAUCGAUUUGGUCGAACACUCCGAGGAUUGGAAUGUGGAUUUCUGCCAGAAGGAAAGCGUGGAAGAAACACAUGCUGCGACACGUUCUAUUAAGGAGGAUGGUGAUUUCUACGUAAAUCCAGCAAUGGGGCUAUUCCCGGCCCCCUGGCCUGAAGAUCAACUUCCUCCUGGUGUAGAGUUACGCUUUUAUGUGCUUGGAAUAGCCGUUGCAAAAUGCCUCCUAGAUCAACGACAGAUGGAUCUUCCAUUUUCCAAUGCCUUUCUUACUCUGUUGUGCGAAUUUAACGCACGUCUGACGCCUGUGCCGAAGACUGAUCAAGCAAGGAAAGAGUGGCCUGGAGACGUUCUUGAUUUGAAUGACUUUGUUGACAUCUAUCCAGAGCGAGGAAAGUUUCUUAAGACGCUGAUAUCAUAUAUACAAGAACGAAGAUUACUCAGCAACCAAUUGACACCGGAGGAGCUUGAAGCUGCUGAUUUGGAUAUUCAAAGGCGCCUAUUUUCCGCCGAGUUGGAAGCACUGUGUAUAAGCAUGUCAUUCGCCCCGGCAACUCGUAAAUUCGGACAGAUGGAAUUCCAACUGACAAGUGCAUACGAUCCAACAUUUCUGGGAAACGCUGACGACGUACCAACUUCUGAAGAGUUUCUAACGUCAGCCACAGCUGAACAAUUCAUCAGACGCUCAGUGGAAUUUGCUCUGCAUAAGGGAAUACGAAGACAAAUGUGCGCAUUCAAAGCUGGUUUCGAGCGCGUUUUACCGCUCGCUUCACUGGCCACGUUCACGCCGUAUGAACUUGGACGCUUGAUUUUCGGUGAGUCUUGCCCUGAAUGGACUCCCCAGGAGAUAUGGACUAAUUGUGAGCCAGCAGCUGGAUACACGCGACAGUCAAGCGGAUUUCGUAUGUUCAUCGAAUCAAUUUCUAGCUUUGAUGUUUCUGAGCGCCGCGCUUUCCUUCGUUUUGUUACCGGGUGUCCCACUUUACCUCCGGGGGGUUGGCGGAAUUUGCAUCCAAGACUGAAAGUGGCCCGAAAAGACGGAACAACUUGUGGCCCUUUUCCCAGCGUGAACACUUGCAUGCAUUAUUUGAAGUUACCGGAAUAUCGUUCGGUGACUGAAAUGAAGAAACACUUGCUGGCUGCAGCAAACCAGCGUGGAUUCUUUCUGAAUUAAUUUUGCCCAAGCUUCAUUGCUUUGACCGUGACAUCACUUAUAUAAUCCGGUCAUGGUGGAGAAUACAAUUUCCG